CUACAUUGCGAGGGUGGAAAAAAUAUAUAUAUAAGCCUGGCACUGCCUUCUCAAAAAGAGCUUCUGUUCUCUAUCCACGACUCAUUCUAGAGAAACAUACUCUUUCUCUGAAUUUCAAGUUCACUUGCAAACAUCCUCCAUCAUGCUUGUCAAAAGUCUCAUUACGCUGCUUGUAGCAUCAUUAACUGCUACAGCGGCUCCAAUUGCGACAGUUAAACGCGGAGAAGCUCCCGAUCCCGCCACAGACAUUAUUUGGACCAAGAACUACGGCGACUAUGAGAAGCGCGCCGAAACCCCCGACCCAGCCACAGAUAUCAUCUGGACCAAGAACUACGGAGACUACGAGAAGGCUUAAGCCAUUUCUCCAAGUUCCAUUCGAAGUAAAUAAGGAAUCUCGAAGAACCUUUGCUUGACUAACGCGUAUUAGAGCUAAACUUGAGAUAUUGAGAUGGCUGUGCCUGCGGAACAUGUGUGGCUUUGCGAUGGGGUUUGGAAAUGGAGAUGACACAAA